AUGGGGGACGCGGAGCUCCGCUGCACCGUGGCCGUGGAGCAGCCACUGCCGGGGGCACCGACCCCGCGGCGCCGCAUGAUGCGGGGCGCGCUGGUGCUGCUGGGCCGCAACGAGCUGCGGCAGCCGGUGCUGCGGGUGGUGGGAGGCAGCGGCGGAGCGGCCGCGGCGCUGAGCUUCCCGCUUGUCGGUGACUCCGUGCGGCUCUUCACGCGGUUCGCAGGCGACGGGCGGGCGACGGUACGGGUCGGGCCGGACGGAGCCCAGGUCCUGCUCUCCGACUGCCCCCCGGACGCCCUGCGCCGCUUUCUCCGCCUCCUGCGCCUCAAGGUCAUUGCCGGUCCGCGGGGUGCGCAGCGCAGCCCCCGUCUGCUGGACCGGCCACCUCCGGCGUUCGCCACCAUCAGCCCGCUGCAGGAGCGGGACCUGCUGCGUGCCCCCGGCCGCCUCCGCGACGGGGAGACCCGGUUGGAGCGCCCGGCGGAGGUGACCCCCGCGGUGAGGCGGCCCCCGACGAGGCUGUCGGCUGAGCAGGAGGCGGUGCUGGGUGCUGUGCGGAGCGGGAAGAGCAUCUUCUUCACCGGCUGUGCAGGGACCGGGAAGUCGUUCCUGCUGAAGAAGAUCGUGGGCUCCCUCCCCCCGAAGAGCACAUAUGCUACAGCCAGUACAGGAGUGGCAGCUUGUCACAUUGGUGGCACCACUCUUCAUGCCUUCGCAGGGAUCGGCUCUGGGAAGGCAGUGCUGGAGCAGUGUAUCCAGCUGGCAGAGAGGCCUGGGGUGCGGCAGCACUGGCUGGCCUGCCAGCACUUAAUUAUUGAUGAGAUCUCCAUGGUGGAUGGGCAGUUUUUCGACAAGCUGGAGGCAGUGGCCAGGGCAGUCAGAAAUCGUGAUGAACCUUUUGGAGGAAUUCAGUUGAUCAUAUGUGGGGACUUCUUGCAACUACCCCCUGUCUGCAAGGCUAAUGAAGAAACAAAGUUCUGCUUCCAGGCAAAAAGCUGGAGGAAGUGCAUCCAAAUAAAUAUGGAGCUGACUGAAGUGCGGAGACAGACAGACAAGACCUUUGUGUCACUCCUGAGUGCAGUCCGUUUAGGAAGGUGCACAGAGGAGGUUACCAGACUGCUGAUGCAGACAGCUACUAACAGGUCUGAGCGUGAUGGGAUCCUGGCCACAAGGCUCUGCACCCAUAAAGAUGAUGUAGAAAUAACUAAUGAGAAACGUCUGCAACAGCUACAAGGAGAAGUGCACACUUUUGAGGCUUUGGACAGUGACCCAAUGCUAGUGAAGUUAAUUGAUGCUCAGUGUCCUGUGGGUGGUAGAGUUGAGCUAAAGCUUGGAGCUCAGGUGAUGCUAGCAAAGAAUCUGGAUGUGUCUCAAGGGCUGGUGAAUGGGGCACGAGGUGUUGUUGUGGGAUUUGAAAGUGAGGAGAAGGGGCUGCCUAAGGUUAGAUUUCUCUGCGGGGUCACACAAGUCAUCAAAAUGGAGAAAUGGGUCUUCAAAGGACCAUCAGGAAUUAAUCUGAGUCGCCAACAGUUGCCUUUAAAAUUGGCAUGGGCCAUUUCCAUUCACAAGAGUCAGGGUAUGUCUUUAGAUUGCGUGGAAAUCUCCCUGUCUCGUGUCUUUGAAAGUGGACAGGCUUAUGUAGCUCUUUCCCGAGCCCGUAGCCUUGCAGGUCUCCGUGUUCUGGAUUUUGACCCAAAAGUAGUGAGAGCUGAUCCUUCUGUAUUGCGGUUCUAUAAACAGCUGAGAUGUCAUCAACUUCUAACCCAGGAUUCACAACACAUCCAUUUGGGUACUGAUGAGAAGGAGAACUGGAAGUGUAGCUGA